CUCUUGGGGAACAAGACAACCCCUGGCUUAAAGGAUAGAGCGGCCAUGCGAAGGUCAAAAUGAGGCCUUCGGGCGUGCGGCCCCGAACGGGGCCAUAUCUAGGGACACUGCUCCUUUGCAUCAUAUGCUGGAGCAGCGUGGCCGCAGGCGACAGCGGCGGAGCUGCGGCAACUGUAUUAGACACCAACGACACGCUGGUAGCAGGGGCCUGCACCAACAACUCGCUGGAGGCGCUGCGGCUUGGGGUCCUGUCUUUAAAUGGUUCCAGUGAUGCCGGGCAGCUGGGCGCGCUGCUGCAAGCUAGCUGGGCCGGCCUCUCCAGCAUACCCGUCGACAUCGUGCCGGUCGGUUUCGGAACCGCGGGCUGGGAGGCGGCCGUCGCAGGACAGGGCUUUACAGCCUGGACCUCCACCCCCGCCACGGCGGCCGCCGCGGCGGCGGCCUCGCUGGACCUGCCGCCCGCCAUGCUCCUGUCAGACCCCGAGCUGGUCUGGUUGGACCUGCUGCCGAUGCUGAGGUCCGGGGCCGUACUGUACGACGGAAGGUUGGUGGCGCUGCCGUACGCCGUGGAGGCGCCGCUGCUGCUGUACCGCAGGGACGCGCUGGAGCGGCUGGGCUCCGGUCCCGCCGCCACCUGGCCCGAGCUGGUGGCGCUGCUGCAGCGGCUGAAGCAGCUGGACACGCAGACACAGACACAGGCGCAGGCGCAGACGGGCAACAGCAGCAGCAGCAGCAGCAGCAGCCUUGGCAGCAACGGCACCACCGCCGCAACAACAGAAGGCGCAGCGGCCGCGUCGGCCGUCGCCGCGCCUCCUACCUGGGGCUUCUGCAACGCGCUGCCGUCGGGCUGCGACCGCGACGCCGACCUGCUGCUCAGCAUCUGGGCCAGCGCCGCGCUGCCGGCACUGCCUCCUCCCACCAGCCGGGCAGAGCUGCAGCGCCUGCUGGACUCUCAGCUGCGAGACGGCCUGGCGGCGCCGGCGCUCGCGUGGGCGCUGGGCGUGUAUCGACAGCUGUUGGCGGCGGCGCCGCCAGGCUCGGGGCACGGGCGCUGCACGCGGCCGCGAGUGGAGGCGGCGCUGGCGCGCUGCGCGGUGGUGCUGGGUCCCAGCAGCGGCAUCAAGGCCGCGCUGUGGCGGCUCAGUCAGGGCAGCAGCAGUAGCAGUGGCGCCGGAAACGGCAGUAGCAGCAGCGCCGGCAACGGCACUAGCACUAGCGGUGGCGGUGGCGGUGGCGGCGCCAGGCGGCGGCUGCGCCACGAUGGCGCGCCGCUGGAGCUGGAAGAUGGCGAGGGCGGCGCGGGCGUGGCGCUGACCACCAUGCUGCCGGGCAGCGUGCUCGCGGCGGACCCCGUCACCGGGGCGCUGCGGCCGUGCGCGGGGGUGGGGCAGGCGGUCGGCAGUAGCAGCGGCAGUAGCAGCGGCAGUAGCAGCAGCAGUAGCGGCAGCGGCGUGUAUCUGGCGUGUCGGCACCUGGUGGUGCUGCCGGGCCUCCAGGCCACGGAGCCAGACCGAGUGGUGAUGGGCGUGUCGCCGCAGCCGCUCGCCUUCACCGCCGUCCCCGACUCACCCGCCUUGCCCCUGGCCGCCGCCGCCACGGCUACGGCUGCUGCGGCCGCCGCCUACACCAACAGCACCAGCACCGGCCGCAGGCUGCUGGCGGCAGAAGCGCCAGCCGCAGCUGCCAGCAGUGCCGCCGCUGCCGCGCCUCCGGGCGUGGCUCCCUCCGUGGCCGUGUACCUGGGCAAUGAGGUCCUGGCGCUGCACAUCAACGCCAGCGCGCCGCCGCCGCAGCAGUACGCGGCGUGGCGGCUGCUGGCGGCGGCGCUGAGCCCAGGCGCGGUGUGGCCGGCGGUGGUGGCGCCCACGGAGGGCGGGGCCACGGUCACGCGGCGCUCGCAGCUGCGGGAUGUGGACAGGUGGGAGGCGGCCGGCUACUCCCGGGCCGACAUCACAGCGUACUUGCAGGCUCUGUCCGCCACGCUGGACGGCAACCCGCUGACCUUCACAGCCUUGCGUGACCUGCCGCCCGCCACCCGGGACGCGCUGUACGGCGCAUUCGCGGAGGCAGCCAACCGCGCCGCCGGCUUUGCAACGCCGGCGGCGUCGGCGUCGGCGUCUGGCAUGCCAGCUGCGGCGGCGGCGGCGGCGUCGGGUGCGGAUGCGACUAGCGAUGGCGGCGGCCUGGAUGACACGACAGCGAUUGCCAAGGAGACCCUCCGCGCCAUUGCCGCCCUCUACACGGCGCGUCGCGCCGAGGUGACGCAGGGCUUCAUCCGCUCCCUGCAUCUCUCCUUCCCGCCCGCCGCCGCCAGCGACGGCGGCGACGCCGGCGGCGGCGGAGGCUCGGCCGGCGUCCUGCGCGGCGCUGCAUUGGCGGGCCUGAUCGUGGCGCUGACGGUGGUGGGCGUGGUGGCCGUGACGCUGCUGCUGCUGCGCGCGCGGCGAUGGGCGCUGCUUCAGGACCUGCGGAAAAAGCUGAGGUUUCUGGAUCGAGCCUCGGCGGCUCCGGGUUACGGCCCCGACACCACGCUGAUGCUGACGGACGUCCAGGACUCCACACAGCUGUGGGAGCUGCUGCCGGCCAGUGUGAUGGACGCUGCGCUGUCGCUGCACAACGGCGCCUUCCGGCAGCUGCUGCCGCACUACCGCGGAUACGAGUGCCACACCGAGGGCGACUCGUUCGUUCUGGCAUUCCACACCGCAGUGGAGGCCGCCGCCUUUGCGCUGGAGAUACAGAUCAUCCUUAUCUCUUUGGACUGGCCGCAAGAGCUGCUCGACACAGAGCUGUGCGGCAUGGUCAAGAACACAGCCGCCACAGCCGCCGCGGCGGUGGCGGCCGCAGCCGCCGCCUCCACGGCGCCGCCAGGAGCCGGCGGCGGCGGUUACCUGUUGUCGACGGCGGGCGGUCAGCGGACAUACGACCAGUACGGGCUGGCAAGCGUAGGGCACGGCAGCGGCGGCGACGGCGGCGCGGCGGUGGCAGCGAACAGCGCGCUCGCGUCGUCACUGGUCGCCAUGCACUUUCCUGGCGUGGUGCUGGGGACCGGGGCUGGAGGCGGCGGCGGCGGCGGGUCGGCGUUUGCGUCCAACGACGGUGACCGACGCAUGGGAGGCGGCAGCAGCAACGGUGGCGGCGGAGGAGCUUGCGGCAUGGAUGGCGACGGCGGCGGCGGAGCGUUCCUGGAUAGCAAUGGCGGCCUGCUGUCUUCACACAGUGCCGCUGUUGUAGCGAGGGCCGGUGGCGGCGGCGGCGGCGGCGGCUACGCUGAGCUAGACGGCGGCGAGGCGGCGGUUGCGGCGGCGGCAGCGGCCGCGGCUCUUGACGAGCCGUGGGGGUUGCAGGCUGUGGAUGAGGAGCGGGCGGAUUCAGACGAGCACCUGGCAGAUGUCUUCCUGGCGAGCAGCCGCGUCACUGGCGGCGGCGGCGGCGACGGCGGCGGCAUCCCCGGCUCAACGGGGGCCACGGCCGCGGCAGGCGCGGCAGCUGCAGCCGGCACAUUCGGAAUGAGCAGGCGGCUGGUGCGGCGCUCGCGCACCUUCAGCACCAUGCAGGCGCUCAUGGCGGCGGUGCAGGAGCGGCCGCUGUGGAGUGGCGGCGGCGGCGCCGCCGCCGUCACUGGAGGCGGCGGCACCGGCGGGCACCCAAUGCAGGGUAUACGGCGGUCAGGCGGCAUAGCACGAGCGCCGCCGCCCAGCGCUGACGUCACCGCCUGGGGCGGCGGCGGCGGUGGCGGUGGUGGCUUCCUCAUGUCAGCCGACGGGUAUCGCGCCGGCGGCGGCGGCGCCGCCACCACUGACGGCGCCUGGCCGCUGCACUCGCCGCCGGGCAACUGGCGCCAGCGGGGGCCCUCGCCGCCGCUUGCCCUGAUGGGACCGCGCCCGCACCCGCACCAGCAGCACUACCACCAAGUAGUUCAGCCGGGGCCGGGCGGCGUCGGCUCGCCGUCUGCCGGCCUGCCACAUGGGCCCCUGGGAUUCCGCGCGCCGCGCAGCACCGGCGGCGGCUCGUCGGAUCACGGCAACGGCUCACGACACGUUAACGGCAUCGAGAUGGGGCACCUGCCCGCCUCGCCCACGUCGCCGCAUCGGAUGCUUGGCGGCAGCGGCAGGGGCAGCGGCGUCGGCAGCGGCGCCAGCCCCCGCGGCGCCACGGCGGCACUGCUGCCGGAGGCGCGGAGCUCCCUGACGUCGGCUGCGGCGCCAGCGCCAGCGCCGGCGCCAGCGCCAGCGGGGCCGGGGCCUGGCUCGGGGCUGCUGCCGCCGGGGGCGGUGCGCCAGCUGAGCUUCGUCAAGCCGCCGCCGCUGCCGCCGCUGCGCGUGCCCGGCAGCGGCAGCGUCACCGGCUGGGAGUCUGGGCUUCCUCGCAGUGGCGGCGGCGCACAUGCAGUCACGCCGCGCAGCUUGGGCAGCGGCAGCGAGGGGCCGGGGACCACGGUGGCGGCGGUGGCGGUGGCGGCCUUGGGGUCGGGCGCCUCCGCCAGCCCCACGCCGCGGGCGUCGGCCCCCGGCAGCAGCAGCACGGGCGCCUUCCGACCUGUGCGCUCCACAGGCUCACUGGCGGCGGCGGUGGUGGCGGGCGCGCACAGCGACGCAGCGGCGGCGCCUGGAGAUUUCGGCGGCGGCGGCGGCGGCGGUGGGUAUGAGCGGCCGUCCGCCGACUCGUCGCGCUCCUCCGCCAACCGUGCUCUGGAGGAGGCCUCUCUUCGGCUUUACCCGGUGCCCAUGCACGCAUUUGGGUCCGUGACGUCUCCCGCUUCAGCCGCCGCCUCCAGCCGCGGCGGCGGCGCCGCCGCCGCCGGAGGCGCCGCAGGCGCCGGCGGCAGCAGCGGCGCGAACGCGCGUGGUGUCGGCUCGCUGCGGUCCCUGCCCAGUGGCGGCGCGGCGCCGGCGGGCAGCUCCUCCAUGGACACCUCCUCGGCGAGGCUGCUGCAGCUGGGCGGCCGCUCCACUGACAUAUCCGGCAGUGGCGCCAGCCGCUCGCUGCGGCUGCUGGCGGCGGGGCGCGCCUCGCGCCGCUCGUCCACCGGCGCCGCCACGCCGCCGUUCACAGGCCUCCUGGCGACGGUGCGUGUGUCCAACACAAGCGCCGCCGCCGCCGAAGACGACAACGGCUGGGAUUGUGACAUCGCCGGCGGCGCCACUGCGGGCGUCGGGCUUCGCGGCGGCGUGGAGUUCAUGCUGGGCAUGGGUGGGGGCGCGGGGCUGCGUGGCGGCGCGCUUGGAACGAUUGUGGAUAUGCAGCUGGAAGAGGAGGCCGCUGGCCGCGUGGCCGACGAAAGCAAUGCAGCAGCGAUGGACACGGCCGCCGCUACAGCUGCCGCCCUUGUGCGUGGCCGCAGCGGCCGGAGCCCGCCGCCACCGCGGGGCAUGGGCAGCGGCGGCGGGUCGGAGGGCGCCCCGGUCGCCACCGCCGCCGCCACCAUUAUGCGGCCGCUGCUUGCCGACUCGCCUCUCAUUGUGGUGGGUGACCCAGCCAAAGAAGCGCGGCGCCGCCGCCGCCGGCGCGCCCUGAAGGCUGCGCGCAGCGAUGACGGCAGCGGCGGUGACGUCGACGGCGACGGCUCUAGCGGCGCGGGUGACGGCACUGACGGCGGAUUCUGUGACGCCAGCACGCGCAGCAGCACCUUCGACGGCGGCGCCAACGGUGCUGCCGCCAGCGGCGCCGCCGGCGGUGUCAGCAGCGGCGGCGGCCUCAGUGGCGGCGGCGGCGGCGGCGGCGGGCACGCGCUGCUGGCAGCGGCGCAUCGCAUCAUCCUGGGUGGCGCCCUGGACGGCUGGCAGGGCCCGGGAGCCGCCGUGACGCGCAGCGCCGCUGCGGCGAUGCAACACGCGGCCACCGGCAGCACUGGCAGCGACAGCAUCACCACCGAUGGCACAGCCAGCACAGCCAGCAUGGACCUUCCCUUCUCCUCUACCGCUUUGGACGCAGUGCAGGCGCGUCGCUCGUCCAGGCUGACCGACUGGCAGCCGCCGCAACAGGCGUCGACGGCGGCAGCGGCGGCUGCCGCCGCCGCCGCCGCCGCCGCCGCGCAGCAGUCGCCCAAGUCAGGGGGCCGUCGCAGCCUGCACCUGGGUGACGGCGGCGCGGAUGGUCCGGCGGUGAUGGGUUCCGCCGGCGCCGCCACCAGCAGGCGCGCGGCGUCAGGCUCGGCAAUUGCCGUGCCGCGCUUCCUGACGGCGGCUUCCGGGUUGCCCGCCGGGGGCGGCGGCGCUGGCGGCACUGGCGGGGUCCGCCGCAGCAUGACAGGCACACGCACGGAAAGCGGUGGCGGCAUGGUGGGCAGUAUGCACGGCGGCGGCACGGCAUCGCCGAGCGCCAGCAACCACCCGUUGGUCACCCUCGGCUCCAACGUCGUUCACAUCUCGGCAGCGACGAACGAGGGCUGGGGCAGCAGCGCCGGCAAUGCCGCCGCCGCCGCCGGCGGCGGCGGGAGCAGUAGCCUGCGCACUGGGCGGUCGUCGCUGACGGGCUUUGGCGGAUUCACAUGCGGCGGCGGCGGUGCGGCGCUGUACCCGCACUUGGAGGGAUCCACGCCCGGGUCCAGCGUGCGGGGAUACGACACGGGACAGAGCUCGCAGGUACAGGGCUGGGACGCCGCCGAGGCGCCCGCUGCCGAUGGCCACGGCGGCGGCGACCUGCGCGGCGGGCGCAGCGCCGGCGGAAGAAGCGCCACGGCUGGCGCGGGUGCGUCGCCGGCGGGUGCCGCCGGCGGCGGCCUGUGGGGCACCGAUGCGCGCCGGCGGUUGUUGCACGUCGUGCCGCCGCCGCUGCUGCUGAGCAUGGACACAGACAGCAUCGGCGUUUGCGCUGACGACACCGAGGGGCUCGAGGACACGGGAGCCGAGGACCUGGAGGCAGGCGGGUCGGCGGACACGGCCCGACACGGGUCCGGCGCGGCACCGGCAGCGGCGGUGGCGGCGGAUGCGGCCGUCCCCAGCGCGAUCACGGCGCCACUGGCCAGUGACGGCGACGUCGGCGGGAACUUCGGCGGGGAUGGGAACGGAGACGGAGACGGGGACGGCGGCGAGAGCGGGGACGCAGGCGCUGUCUUGUCCCCCUUCGUACGCAGCGCCGGCUCAGACCACGGCGCCGAGUCUGACAGCGGCGAGGGCGGCGGGCGAGCCGCCGCCGCCGCCACCGCCGGCCUCCGCUCCUCGCCGUCCUGGCGGCGCGGCGUCAGCCGCAGUGCGUCCGUCAACAACAUCCCCAGCGGCGCCGCCGCUGCUGCCGUUGCGGCCGGCGGCGCCGCCGCCGCCUCCAGUGGCGGCGCGGGCACGGGCUCCGGCUUCACCGGCUUUGCCAGCGUGAGCGUCAGCGGCGCGCCAGCGCUGGCGGCGCCGCCGGCGGCGCUGCGCGGCCGCAGCAACACCAGCCUGCUGCCGCGCCGCCAGCGCGCGUUGACGGAGUACGUGCAGUCGCCGCUGGGCCGUUCGGCGUCCAAGGGCCCGACGGCACCGUGGGAGCAGGGCCCGGAGGAGGGCGAGAGCAGCGAGCCGUACCACUUCGGCUUUGGUGGCGGUGGCGGCGGCGGCGGUAGUAAUGCCUGUGGCGGCGGCGGCGGCGGGGACCGCGGCAGCGCUGGGGUCAGCAGCGCCGCCAGCGGCAACCUUGCCAGCCGCGUCACCUCCGUCGCGGGGACGGGCAAGAUCCUCCGCGCCGGCAGUAUCGACGGCAGCGGCGGCGUCGACAGCAGCAGCAGCAGGCUGAAGAGGCUGGGGUCCGGCAGCCACGGCAUGCGGUCCGGCCCCGCGCGCGCGCUGGCGAUUGCGGCGGGCAUCUUCGGCUUUGGCGAAAGCAAGAGCACCGGUGCCGCCGCCGGCGCCGGCGCUGCGGGCACCGGCGCUGCGGCGCUUGCAAAUUUGCGUGCAACGCUCGAGCAGCAGGUUGGCAAUGACGCCGCCGGCAGCUCCUUUCCCGGCGUAGCCGUCAGGCCGCUCUCGCGCUCGGGGUCGGGGCUGCAGUACAGCGGCCGCAUCCCGGCGCUUGCUAGGGUCGGCAAUUCGCCUGGCCUGCGUGGCGGUGUGGACAUUGACGGCCGCCGCCACAGCGUCGGGUCCGCCAGCCGCCUCGCGUCGCCGUCGGCGGCAGCUGCGGUGGCGGCGGCGCUGCCGCGGCACUCGUCCUCGGGCGCUCCAUCAACCCCAGCGGGCGACCGGCCCUCGUCCUCCUCUAACAUAUCAAACUCUGUUCGCGUGCGGCUGCUGCAAGCGACCGUGGGCAUCGACGGCGGCAGCGGCGGCGGUGGCGGCGGCAGCCCUCGGCGCUUCAGCCGCCGCCGCAGCAGCACCCACUCCGACCCCGGCGGCCCUGUGCCGCUUCCGGCAGGGUCCGGCGCGGCGACCGAUGGGGGUCCCGGGACCUCGGGCGGCACAAGCCAGGUUGGCGGCCCAGUCGGGCUGGCGGAUGCGGGCGGCGGCGGUGCUGCCGCUGCGGCAACGGCGGCCGCCGCCGCGUUCGCGCAGGCAAACCGCUACCGCACGCCGGCCUCGCUUGCCGGCGCCGAUGCUGGGUUCACGGGUCCCGGCGGCGGGCGCUACGAUCGCAGCAGCGCCGCCGCCGCCGUCGCGGCGCGCCGCCACCGCCUUCCGGCGCGCAGCGCCACGCCGCCGCCUCGGCUGCCUGGCACCGCCGGCGGCGUCGGGCCCUUCGGCGCCGCCGGCCUGGGCUCCGUUGCCGGCGCCGGGGGACUUAACUAUGCCAACCCCACGUACGCCUCCACUUCCCGCGCCGGCAUCGCUGGUGCCACGACCAGCCACCUGCCCACCAUUGCCGCGGGCAGCGCCUACGGCGGCAUGAGCAGUACGGGAUACGGCGGCGUCGACGGCGCCGGCGCUCCCUGGGGCAGCGGCGUGGUGGUGGGCAGCGGCCGCAUGCUGGCGGGCCUGGACGCGCUGGCAGAGGCAUACAGCACUGCCGCGGCGCAGCAGGCGGCGGCCGCCGCCGCCGUCAACGGCGGCGGCGGCGGCUCCGCCGCCGCGGGUUCGCAGCCGGCCUCCGGUCGCACCACACCCGCCGGCGGCUCGCGUUGGUCGCUGGCGGCGCGCGCGGCGCGCACGUCCGUGUCGCAGUCGCUGGCGGCGGCGCUGCACGGCGCCGCCGGCAGCGCCGCCGGCAGCGCCGGCCAGCACGACAGCCGCAUGCUGCUGGACGGCCGCUGCUCCGACGGCCGCGUGUUCAACCCGCUGUACAACGCAGGCGGUACAAACCCUGGAGGGCCCGGUUACGGUUACGGUUAUGGGUCGGUGCACGGCGCCGGUCCGGGGAGUACUGCUGCUGGUACGAGCACGGCGCUGCUGACGCAGUACGGCCGCGACAGUACUGCGUACGACGCAAUGGGCGCCAGCGCGGCGCUGCUGUCGUUGCACGGCAUUGAGGUGGGCAACGCCUCCAACGGCAAUAACCCUAACGGUCCCGGCGGCGGCGGCGGCGGCAGCCAGCAGUUAAUUGGCGGCUCCAACACGGGUGCUCUGGCGCCGCCGCUGGUGCAGACGGUGGCGGCGCCUUCGAGCGGCAGCCGGCCUCGUGACAGCGGCCUGCUAGCGCCCUACCCCGGCGUCAGCCGCGACCUGCCCGGCGCGGGCCGUGACAGCAACACCGGCCGCCUGCUUACGGCCCUGGGAACUGCUUUCCGCAGCAAGCGCGCCUCGCGCGGCGGGUGGGCGGGCCAGGACUCGGGCGGCGUCGGCGCCAGCUCGCGCCGCUUGUUCGGCUCGCGCGCUGGCAGCGGCGCACUUGGUGGCGGCGGCGGCGGCGGCGGCCCCGAGUCCAUGGGUGCCAGCAGCCGAGACGGCGGCGGCGCCGCCGCUGCCGCCGCCGCUGCUGCCGCCGCCGCCGGGCCUGCCACCUUCCUGGAGGCGAUGCUGCAGAUGGCGACGGGAGCGGUGGGCUCCCCCGCCGGUAGCAAGGCGUCGUAUGCCACCAAUGCGCACAUUAGCCCGAGCUACGGCCCCCAGCACGUGCAGCCGCAGCAGCUGCUGUCGGCAUGCGUGCUGCCCAGCACUGACGAGGCGGCGGGGGUGCGGGUGAUGAGCGGCGGCACAGCCGCCGCCGCCAGCAACACCGUCGGCGGCGCUUCUGGCGGGGAAAACGCCGCCGCUGGCGCAGCGCUGGCGAACCGCCGCAGCACCAGUGGCGGCCGCAACCGCCUGCGCCGCAGCAUCACGCCACUGGGUUUGCUGCUCGGCACCUUCGGCACCGGCACCAGCGGCGCGUCAGGCGUGGAUGGCAGCGGCGGCAGCAUCAUCACUGGCGGCGGCGGCACCUGCGCCGGCGGCUUGGGCCGUAGCGCCGUCGGCGGCUUCCGAAGUGUUCGCGGCUUGCACCGCUUCAUCCCAUGGGGCAGCGGCGCGUCGCGUGACGGCGGCCACCGUGCGGAGAGCGCCUGCAGCAAUGACGUCGCCGAGCACACUGUACCCUCCGGCGGCGGCAAGCCGCGGCAGUCGCUGGCUUCGCCGCUGCAGUACGCGCUGUCGGGCAACAGCGUCAUUGACGCGCCGCGGCUGCGCGGCAGCACCGCAGCCGUGUCCAGCCCGCGCAGCCGCCACGCCUUGCUGGCGGCGGCGGCGCAGCGCGCGGCCGGCGGCGGCGGUGUCGUCAGCGUCGGUGGCUUCCCGUCGGUGUUCACGGCGCACGGCGUGGGGCCCAUGUCGACUCCGGGCCAGGACUCCGCCACCGGCGAAGCCGGCAGCUCUGUCCUGGGCGACACACGCACGGACAGCCACCCGUCCCCGAUGCCACGCCUGGCGCCUUUCUCCGGCGCCGCCACCAUCCACGGUGCCGCCACCACCCACGGCACCAGCACGGACACCGAGACGUUGGGAGGGACGCCGCGCGACGGCCAGUACGGCGCCGCCUCGAUUCAGCCCGCGCCGUCGGCGCCCAUGCCCCUGACAUCCGCGUCCGCCGCCGGGCAGUCGCCGCAGCGCUCGCCGUACGCGCCCGGCGGCGCCUUCAUUCCUGGCCAGCGUUUCGGCACCGGCAUAGUCACGCCGACGGGUGGCUACGCCCGGAGCGCGAGCGUUGACGCGCCACCGCCCUGGCUCACGCAUCCGUCUGCACCCAGUGCCGCCGCCGCCGCCGCAGUUCCCUCUGCCGCCGCCGCCGCCGCCGCCGCCGGCGCUGCGAGUGACGCCCGGACGCCGCGUACGUCAGCGCCCGCCCGGUCGUACACCUUCACGUAUGGCCAACCGCCGCAACGCCAGUCGCUGUCGCUGCUGCGGCAGGGGCUGGUGUCCGGCUUCCCGCUGAAUGGCGGCGGCGGCAGCGGCGGCGGCAGCGGUGGCGGCAGCGGCAGUGGCGGCACGGUUUUACACCUGUCGCCGCGCCUGUCGUCUCGCUUGGAGCUGGAGCCGGUGGAAGAGGGCGUGCCAGCGGCGGCGGCAUCCCUUGCCCGCGGCGGCGGCGCCGCGGCUGGCAGCGCAUCUGUCAGCGGUGGCAUCGCGGCGUCAGCAGGCGCCGCGGCCACGGUGGUCACACAUUUGAUGUUAGUGGCUGCACUGCAGUCGACGUCCCCCUGUGGCGACAGCCACGACGGCCGCAGCAGCGGCUUUGCAAGCAGUGGCGCCGCCGUUGCCGCAGCCGCCACGGCUGCCACGACCGCACGUUCCAGCGCGCACCAGACGGCCGCCGGUGCCGUGCUUCCCAUGUAUGUGGAACCUGAUCUGGGCCACUCGCCACCUGCUGAUGCAGAUGGUAGGGGCGGCAGCGACGCCGCCGCCGGCUCCGCGGCAGCUGCUGCACGCAGCUCCACACCGCUUGACACCGCCCCAGCAUCUUUUCUUCAUAACGCAACGACAGAUCACGAACUGGCAACGGCAGCUGGAGCCAACCGCCGCGCUGGCAACCAAGCCGCCGUAACCGCCGCCGCCGCGGCCGCCGCUGCUGCCGGUGAUGGCGAUGGUGGCGGCGGCGGGCGCGUCGGCUCCCCGGCAAGCAGCAUUUACGGCGAGCCCGCAGCGGUACCGCAGCUCGGCCCGGCGCCCGGCGGCGGUGCCUUCACGCCGGUCUCUGGCGUUGGCGGUCGCCGCGGCCGCGUCAGCUGGGCGGGUGCUGGCGGCGGCGCAUUGCGGACCAGCAUGUUGGGCCGCUCGCCGUCGCAGUCGCCGCCAGGCACUGCGGAGCCUUCGCUCGCGAGUCCCGGCGUAUCCGCCGCCGCUGCUGGCGUCGCCGCUGGCGCCGCUGGCGCCGCUGCCGCGGACACCGGCGGCAUGCUGUACCUGCUGGGUGUAGGUGUAAAGAUGGCCGCCCCCAGCUCUCUGACGUCAGACGUGGACCUGACGCCGCGUCCGUCGGGCGGCGGCGAUGGCGGCGGCGGCUCUGAAAGCGCCCUGCAACUUAGCUGUGACGACGGCACGCCGCCGCACCCGCAGCCGCCGCAGCCGCGCCGGUCCGUUAGCGGCAUUCCAGCUACGGCGGCGCAGCUGCCAAUUGCGGCAGCGGUGUCGGCCGGCGGGACGGCGGAGCCGGGGCCCGCCAGCCCGGCGGUGGCGCCGGUUCGUUCGGCCACAUCGGUACACUUGCAGGUGCUGAGGGAGGGCGGCGCGGUGGUGGCGCUGCCGGACGCGGCGGCCUCUCGCGGCGGCAGCGGUGUCAGCGGCGGCGUAUAUGGCGGUGGUGGCGGUGUGCCCUCGGCUCGCCCGGUACACAUGUCCUCCCUAAUGAAUCGCGCGAUGGCGGCGCCGGGCUCGGCCAGUGGCGGUGCUGCGGGCAGUGCCAUCAGAAGCCUCGGCGGCGGCGGCGGCGGCUGCGGCGGCGGCAGCAGCCGCACAGGCGGCAGCGGCGCCGCCACCAGCACCAGCGGCGGCCUCAUCACGGCCGACAGCCUGGAGGGCGCGCCGCGCGCCGGCUCCGCCCGCUCCGGCAGCAUGCUGCUGCCGUCGCACGGGCCCUCCGGCCGACGCUCCUCGUCACCCAUCGUGCUGCCGUCGCGCGCAGCUGCGCAGACGCACUCCGCCGGUCUCCCCAGGCAGGCGGCACUGUCUGUGCUCGCUGCCGCCGCGGCCGGCGGCGGCGCUGGCACUGGAACCGCAACUGCGACGCUGUCCACAGGCUCGUCUGCCAUCCCCUGGCCAGCUUCCUACAGCGGCUUUCCAACAGGGCCGUCGCCGCCGCCGCUACAACAGCAGCAACAGCAGCAGCUACUGACGUCACGCGCGCCCGGCCCCGCCGUGUCUGUGUCGCUCAUGCCGUUGAGUCAACUGCCGCAGCACUUGCCGAACGCCUUACAGCCACUGCAGGCGCAGCAGGGGGCGCGGGGCUUCACACACCGCUCCGGCGCCUCCUCCCAGAGCCGCCCCCGUGUGUCGCCGCAGUCAGCCCAGGCGCGCCUGGGCGGCUCCGCGCGCGGCCCUGGUGUGCUGUCGGACGUAGCAACGACGCCGGCCGCGGCAGCUGCCGCUGCAGCGGCGGCGGCUGGCGGUGGCGGCGCGACUUGGGACGUGGAUCUGGGCGGUGUCUGGUCUGGUGUCCCCGCAUCUGAGGACCCGCUGCUUGAUGAGGCGGACGUGCUAUCAAGCAUGGGUGCCGCCGGAGCGGCGCCACUGACACACUCGUAUCACACCAUCAGCGCCACCGCCACCGCCGCGGCGGCGGCAGCGCGCUCGGGGCACACCUCGUUCACGGUCAUGGGUGCCGGUGGCGGCGGCGGCGCCGGCAUUGCUGUCGGCACAGGCAGCGGCGUCAUCAGCGGCGCUGGCGGCGGCGGGUACGGCGGCGGUUACGGCGGCGACGGUUACGGCGGCGGCGGCUCCACCGCCGGCGGUUGCUUGCUCGCCUCCGGCCUUUCCAUCUCGGUUUCUCGCGUCGCGCUGCCGGCGGCGCUCACCUUGACUGCGCCGUCGCCGCUCGCGACCGCGACGGCGGCGGUGUUGGAGGCGUGCGCAUCGGGCGCGCCCGCUCACGGCGGCCCCGGCACGCCACGCGGCGGCCUCACCAGCCGCCGGACCUCCCUGCAGUCGGUGCGUCGCGGCGUCACACAAGACAACCUGCUGGCCGGACUCGGUCGGCGGUUGGAUUCAGUCGCGGCGGUUAGCGGCUCGGGCGCCGGUUCCUUGCUGGGAGGAGGGGGUGGCGGCGGAGGCGGCGACAUGCCGGCGUGGGACGCGGCCGCACGGGAGAGCUACAGGCUGCGUGGCGCGGGCGCGGGCGUUGGCAUCGCCGGCGGAGCUGGAGGGGGAGGCGGAGGCGGAGGCGCGGGGGCUCGGGUCGCAGGCAUGGUACAUCGACUGGCGGGCGGCAGCAAGAAGGGGCUGUACGGCCCCGCCGGCGCCGUGUCCGACUUCCCCAUCUGCUUCCGCGGCUUCCGCGUGCGCUGCGGCCUCCACUCGGGUCUGGAGCCGGGGCGCGACGUGUUCUACACCAAGGUCACGGGCCGCCGCGGCUACGCCGGGCCCGCCAUGGCCCUGGCCAAGACCGUGUCGGACCUGGUGCCCGGCGGCAUGGUGGUGAUGACUGCCGCCGCCUUCGCGCGGCUGCAGCCCUGGCCCAGCCCCGAUGCGCUGCCGGGCGCCAUCGUGUGGAGCCGCGGCCGCUACCGGGUCAACGUGGGCGAGGGCGUGGGCGCGGCGAGCGUGGAGGUGGACCUGUUCCAGCUGCUGUGCCCGCAGCUGCUGGCCCGGCAGCCGCACCUGGAGGCGCGGCCGUGGCGCGGCGCGGAGCAGGUGCUGCCGGGCGUGCUGGCGGCGCCGCUGGGGCGACUGGCGCUGGUGCAGGUGCAGGCGGCGGGCGUGCAGGUUCUGAGCGCCUGGGACGUGGACGUGGCGCGGGCCUCGCUGCAGGUGUUCGCGGGCGUGGCCACAGAGGUGCUGCCGGCCUGGGGCGGCUUCCCCGCGGCACUGGACAUGCAGGCAGGCAGCCUGCUGGCAGCAUUCCGGGAGCCGGCCCUGGCGCUGGGUUUCCUGCACGCCCUCAUCGACGUGGCGCGCGACGCGGCCUGGCCCGAGGAGCUGCUGCAGCACGAGCUGGGAGAGCCGCUGGCCAUCCCGCCGCCACAAGCCAGCGGCGGCGCGACAGACGGGCGGAUGUCGCCGCUGCCGCCGGGCUGGGGCAGCAGCCAGGUGUCGCCUCCGCCCGCCUUCCGCGGGCUCAGGCUCCGCUGCGCCGCCGAGGUGGCCAACGUGCGAGUGGACCUGGGCUGCGCCACCGCCGCGGCGCUGUACGAGGCGAGAGACGCCAAGGCCUUCAAGUCGCUGCGCCGCAUGACGCGCCUGGCGCACAUGGGAGAGGUGCUCUGCUCCGGGCGGCUGUUGGCGGAGGUGCUGGCCGGACCGCCGGCGGCGCUGGCCGCGCUGCACGAGCUCCUCGCCUUCUCGCCAAUCACGCCCGCCGCCGGCGGCGUGCCCGAGCGCGGCGGCGGCUUCGGCGGCGGCGGCGGUAAAGAUGUGGACACGUCCACGCGCGGCUUGGCUGUGCCGGUGUCGCCCUUGCCGCAGCGCUACUCGGUCUACGCGGCGGCGGCUCAGCAGUCGGGCCGGCUGUCGCCGCAGCCGGCGCCGCACGCGCUUCUGCGCACGCCGCAGCCCAGCGGCCGCCUGACGUCGCCGCCCAGCGCCACGCUGAUGGGGCUGGCGGCGGCGGCGGCGGCCUCCGGGCACGGCAUGGCAGCGGCGGCCGCCGACGGCGACGUCAACGGCGACGGCGGGCUUCACGGCCUGGCGAGCCCCUUGUUCGGGGCCGGUAGCGGCGCGGUCACGCCGCCGCUGUCGCCGCCGGCGCCGACGCCGACGCCGGCUGGCGGGGGUGCGGGUGCUACAGCCACGACGGGGUACGGCAUGGCGGCGGCCGCCGCCGCUGUGGCGCCGGCGCCGCACCGGCUAACGGGCAAGGAGGCCUCGCGCGCGGCGGUGUACCUGUGCACGCGCCGCCGCCAGGUGCGGCGCAGCGGCAUGGGCGACGCCGCGUUCGCCAUGGUGGGCUCCGUCGGCGGCGUGUACGGCAACGGCAUGUACGGCGCAUCUGCCGCGCUGUACGGAGGGCAGAGCAAUGCUAGCGGCGGCGGCGCCGCCGCCUUGGCAGCGGCGGCUGGCAGCAAUGCUGGCAUGGGUGUGCACGGGGCGGCGUUUGCGAGCAACUACAGUGCCGGAGCGAGCAGCCACGCCGGCGGCCGAUGAUCGUGAAUGUAGGCGAGACUGGGAGGACAAGUGUUGAGUCUGGGAGAAUAAGUGUUGAGAUGUCAGGCCCGAGCUUGGACUGAUGAGGUUUCAGGCCCACGCUUAAAGCGGUUUUGUUCCGGGUCUGUUGCGAGGAGGGGGUGCAUGGCCGAUAAACGCAUUAGCCUGCACGUGCAGACGUGACGGCCACAUGUUGAGUUGAAAGCAGCAGGAGCGCGUGCCAGAAUGGUUGCAGUCUAAACAAUCUUGUCAGGGUCAUUGCUGUGCUGGGGUAUUCCUAACUUUUGAGGACAUGCAUCCCUGCAUGGGUGGACGAACUACAGCGUCAAAGUGGGCACCGCGCAUGGGGAUGCACGCAAGCGCUUGCGGCUGGGUCGUUGCCGGCUUGGCUCCAUUGCCACUUUACUGUCAUUGACUCGAACAGUACCGGUACCGGAUGGAAAGUAAUUAUAAGUGCAAAGGGGCAUGAUGCGCAGACGGAGCCUGCUGUACAUGGUUUGUGCACGCAUGGGGAUGUGUGUCUGCCGCCGAUGUGAAGCCGAGGCAGUACGGCAGUCAGGUACGCAAGCAAGCUAAAAGCUGUUUGUUAGUUGCAGCUAGUAUGGGAAUGGCCCAGCAGAGGUAGCACACUAUGGGGCGCCGGCUACCACACAACCCAUGGUUUGCACGCAGUGGGCGUGCGUCCGGCCAACUCAAUUUGCAUCAUGGUUCUGGGCGCGGGUACUGGGGCCAGUGCUGCUUGCCACGGUGUUUUGUGGAUGGCCCACACAGGCGUUUUGCUGUACGAAUUGGGAACUGGGAAAUGGAAGCAUUGGUGCAUGGAUUCACAUGGACAUCGAAAGGAUUUGGCUGGGGACGGAAAGGAGCGGGAUCACCGCAAUGAAUAUUCAUGUGCGCUUGAUGCGCUUGUGUUGGCUGGCUGCUAACCUGCCAAGUGGGGACAUUGGGCUCAGCUACACCGCACACUGGCCGGCUCAUGCUGUGGAUUACAAUGCUACGCAUUACUAAAUUGCACCCAAGGGGUGUUGCUUGCGACGGCAUGAAUGACACGCAUCCCGUGCAGAGUCGAGCGCGCGAAGGCGGCAGGUUGGGUUGGUGUGGGGGCCAGGUUGCUUGAGCUGCCACCGCGCGGUGUGUGGCACCGGUGAUGCACACUUGUGGCGAGGAUGCGGCACGCACUAAGGGUUUGGCCCGCGACAGGGCACGCCUUUGGGUACUUCUCAUGUCUAUGGUAUCUCUGAACUGUCAAUGUUCCUCGGAAGAUUACAUAAGGCAUAUGGCGUUAUGGCGUUCGUUAUAAGUGUUUGGCAAGAGCACAAGGGAGAGGAGAAACGGAAGACCGUUGUCAUUUGUGUGUGCGGCGCUGUGUUCAUGGUAUGACAGCUGCGGGAUAGUUGCCUACCGUCAUCUGCGUUGCGUGGCAAGAGCGCGGCAGGCGGUGUUGCGGUUGAGAGGCAGCCGCCGACAACAACCAGGGGCGCUAAGGGCAGGCGCGCAGCAGGUGCUAGGCGGCUGCAGGCGCGUGUUCGCGGGGGGGUGAGCACCGGGCCGUGUCGCAAUACGGUGCCGGCGCAUGCGCCCUGUGUGCAUGAUGGGGCGGUGCGGGAGGCGGCGAGCGGUUGGUUGCAGCAGGCGGUGGAGGCGCCGUGUGGAAGGCCGGGGCUAGCCGCCCCCGGUUGGCUCAUUGGCUGUUGGGUGUGCGGUUGGCUGUUAAGAGCUUACUGGGGAGCCAGCGGGACUGAAGCAGCACGGGCGCACGGCCGCACCCCUGCGGGGCAACUUGGCGGUGUGUGGUGAGGCCUCACUCUGUAUUUGGAUACCAACGGAGCGCACACCUCCGUGCUUCAGUGCGAGUCCAGGGAUUGCACAGCACAGGCGCCGCGGUGCCACCUGACGGUAAUGACCACGACGGUCAUGCGCAGGGCCAUGUGUACCGGUUUCUUGCACAACCACGGGCUACUACGUGACUACGGAAGGCGGGCAGCAAUUAAGGGUGGGGAGGGAGUGAUGGACGUGUGUGCACCACUGGCCGGGAAUGCGCGGUACUCGCUAGCGAUAUGCGGAUAUUGCUCGAAGGAAAGCGAUUGUGGCCUGAGCGCUUGCAGCAGAACACGGCUACAAGGUCAUAUGGCUAGUUUCUUGGGUUGUUUAAAUGAUCAAUUCUAAGUGGAGCGACGAGGUCGGGAUGUUGCAGUGUCGGAAUGCAGUGACGGUUGGCACCGUCGCGUGGCCGCAUCUGAGCAGUACUUCUAAACACGUCUUUGGUAGUAUGUGGCCUAGCCUGCCUGUGGGGCACAUGAAUUGGACACACCGUUCAAGGUUUAAGUUCGAGGACAAGGUUCGACGGCUCGAGUUGAUGAGCGCGUGUUGGUGCGCGGCCCAUCCCGCAGCCCAACCGGAGAUUCCGUGUCGAGGAGAGGAAAGCGGAUACUAGCAUGGAUGCACUUGGCAACGGCCGAAAGGCUCAGGCCCCAGCGGAUUGGUUCCGGCGGAGGCCAACCGCUGGCGCAAUCCGAGCGUCCCAAAUGUACCUCAAGGCGCCCGGCUCUUCCCCAGAAGCUCAAACGUUUUUGCGUUCCUUUUUGGUACCCACAGUCAAUUGUUUCAGGAUCUGGGGUGUCCUCUUCAGUCUUCUUGUAGCAAGGCGCAAAGCUCACGUCGCGAGCCCUUAUCCCGCGAUUUUGCGACUGUUCAUCAAGUAUGCUUACGGUGCGCUGAAUUUUUGUGUCAUUAUGUGCGAGGGGGAGCACACCGUGUCGGAAAGAUAGGCUCGUUCACGCCUUUUGCCGUGCGCGUGGACGGACCGUGCACAAUACAUCGGGCCAACAAAUUAUCAAUUAC